AUGGCCCGCGACCCACAGCGUCUGGUGUUCGACAGGACGGCGAGGAACAGAACGAUAGGCGACAUUAGCUUACUGCGCAGUUAUUGCUGCGUGUUUAUCGGCGCCCAGGUUUCGACGGAUGCCGCGCGACUCGAUUCAAAGCGUCCAUCGGGCGCGAACCCAACAAGAGAGGCACUUGCCGGUCUCCCUUUUGGCUUCCCGCUUGCUAGGAUAUGCCUCCCUUUUGUCGUGUGUGGUCUCUCCUCGGCCGCUGCAUGUUUCUGCUCCCCCACCUUUCCCUCGACGGCCACUGGGUACAAGCAGCAGCCCAGCAUCAACAAGGCAAGGAACUGCAGGAACGAGCAGGGCCAUGGGGGGUGCGAUGGUGCACCUCCUAUCAGCAGCCCCGAAGAACCAACGGCGGCGCGCGGCGUUGCGGCGAGGUAUCCUUACGGUGCACAAAUCCUGGAGCUACCUCCGCACUCAGCCAAGGAGAGGAAAGGAGAGGGAGAGACGGGAGAGAGCCGCUUGGGGCAAGGUUUCCCAGCCUGGGACACGUUCCGUUCAUCGGUCGCAGCGCACGUUUUUGAUGUGCCGGACCCGACUCCUCUCGUCGCUCCGUAUCGAACUGGUGCCUUUUCCCAUCAAGAGUCAACGGUCCCAUCCAUCCCCAUCAUGCCCAUCCCGCAGGCCGCAGACCGCACACACCACUGGCUGCUGAGCCGCCGCUGCACAUCCCACGUCCCACGUCCGGUCUUCCCUCGCCCCCUGUCGUCCCAAGAUCCACAUUCACACGCCUCACCUCACUCCAACUCGACUCGCCUCACACCCUCGUCCCUCGCCCAUCCGCAACCCACAUGCCUCACACCUCCCGACCCUGGGGUAGUCCAUUCAAUUCCCAGCGAGGAGCCCUAG